AUGGCGAUUGACCACGAGUCCCCGUUCAAGGAGCUCCGCCUCAAGAACCGCAGGAUCAUGGGAGGCGGCGGCCCUGACCCUGAGCCGGAGGAGGAGGCCGCGACGGCGGCGUACGCGGAGCAGUGGCCGCGCUGGCUGCAGCCGCUGCUGUCCGCGCGCUUCUUCGCGCAUUGCAAGAAGCACAGCGACUCCCACCGCAGCGGCGAGUGCAACAUGUUCUGCCUCGACUGCAGCUCCGCCGCCGCGGGCACGGGCACGGGCACGGGCACGCGCGCCCUGUGCUCGCUGUGCCUCGCGCACGGCCACCGCGACCACCACACCAUCCAGAUCCGCCGCUCCUCCUACCACGACGUCAUCCGGGUCUCCGACAUCCAGCGCUUCAUGGACAUCGCCGGCGUGCAGACCUACGUCAUCAACAGCGCCCGCGUCGUCUUCCUCAACGAGCGGCCGCAGCAGCAGAAGCCAGGCUGCGGCGGCGGAGGCAAGGCCGCGUCGGCGUCCGCCAACCUCUGCGAGGUCUGCGCCCGCAGCCUCCUCGACAACUUUCGCUUCUGCUCCCUCGGAUGCAAGGUCAUCGGCUGCUCCCCCGACGCCGCCAAGGCCAGGAACUGGCUCCUCCUGCCCGCCGACGGCGAUGACUCCACGUCCUCCUCCUCGGCCCUGCGCAAUGCCGACAAGAAGCAGAGCUUCACGCCACCCACGCCGCAGCCGACCCUGCCGACGAAGCGCCGCAAGGGCAUCCCGCACCGCGCGCCGUUUGGCAGCCUCAUCGUCGAGUACUAG